AUGGCCUCAGUCAGUACAUCAUCUGGAUCCAACGAUAUGGAGCUGCAACACUCGGAUAUCGAAGGGACGUUGGAUGCGGGAGAAAUGGCUCCCAGAACUUCGUCGGCUUCCAUGUCUGUAUCUACCAACACAGCAAUGUCGGAUAAUAUCACGACCAAUCUCAUCGCCCAGGUCACCUCAUUUGCUGGGUCUUACUCCAACCUCAAUGAACUUUUUGAGAAAUCUUGGAAUUCCAAGUAUAGCGCAUUGCCGCCUCAAGCUUCAUGGAGAGAUGAAUCUGUCGAUUUCUCGCAAGAGCAUUCAUCCUGUUCGAGCGCCCAGCACGGACGCAGCCAUGAGCCUGCAUUUUAUGAUGCCUACAAUAUGUACAGCAGGACUGCUCAUAUGGGCAUACUCGAUCCUAGUUAUGACGUCUUUACGAGCGAAUACGGGCGCGGAGCACUUAUUUACAAAGUGAAGAACCGUACGGCUGUCAUCACCGGUGAUCCCCUCUGUCCCGCCAGCCAGUUUGACGAGUUGUUGAAGGAAUUCCAACGCAAGAAACAACUCAAAGUGGCAUUCAUGGGAACUGGACAGCAAUUCGCCGAAUACGCCGCAGACAAGGGAUGGACGACCAUGCAUUUUGGACGUGAACGUGUCUUGAACCCUUUGACGAACAAGGUUCUUCGUCAACUUUCAGGAAAGCGCAUGAUAACCCAGAGUCGAAGACUAUUGGAUCCUAAGCGCAUCGGACUCGUCGCUGAUAUUUAUGCUCCUGGAAGGUCCGGUCGGGACUCCGCGCUGGAGACUGAAAUUCAGAAUUUAUACGAUCAAUGGCGGAUGGAGCGCAACUCGAAGAAUGAGGGCGGUACCCAGGCAUUCGUCACGGUAUAUGACCUAUUCUCGGAUCCUGAUAUAACCUUCUACCUGUAUCUUCGAGAUCGAGAAGGUUCUAUGGUUGGCCUAGCAGUGCUUCGAAGCCUCGGUGCCAACUGCGGUUUCCAUCUUGACCCUUGCAUAGCCUCCUCUACCGCUCCAUCUGGCGUUACCGACCUUCUCGUCCUUCUAUCCAUGAUUCUACUCCGAGGCACUGGAAUCGCGUAUCUUAGCUUCGGUUACGAGCCCUUUCCUGAAAUAUGCGACAUAUCAGGACAGCAGACAUUGAAGGCUUCUUUGACACGCUGGGGCUACCGCCGCGUUCUAGAGACGGUGAAUGUGGGCGGUAAGGUCUCCUAUCACGACAAGUUCCAUCCCGAUGAGAGCUUGGAAUCGAAUCUAUACACAGUUAUUCCCAAAGGACCCCUUCAAGUUCAACAAUCAGCUGCAAUCAUGCAUGUGGCUAAUAUCAAACUUCGACGUCUUCUCCUGUCUAAUCGCCGUUGA